UGUCCUCCGUGGAUUGGUGUAUAGACUGUAAACAAUGUCAGAAUUACGUGGGUCGCCACCUCUAACGCGGAACCUCGAGCACGGAUUCGGCGCGCCGCUGGCUGCGCUGAGCUCGCUGGCGGAGGCUCCGCCGCCGGCGCCGAACCCGCACGGCAUCGACCACAUCCUGGCGCGGCCGGUGGGCGGCUCGGUGGGCAUGGGCGGCAUGCUGACGCCGCGGCUGUCGCUGGCGGCGGCGGCGGCGGGCAUGGCGCACUACCUCCAACACAAGCCGCUCUACUGGCCUGGCUUCCAGGGCCUGGUAUCUAACCCGAUGGCGUGGAGAGACCGGCUGCAGUCCAUGAGCAAUGGCGCACUGAGCGCGUGCGCACAAGGCGGGAUGGACAAGGACGGCAAGAAGAAACACACGCGGCCCACGUUCAGCGGGCAACAGAUCUUCGCUCUGGAGAAGACAUUCGAACAGACCAAGUACUUGGCGGGACCCGAGCGGGCGAAGCUUGCGUACGCGCUUGGCAUGACGGAAUCGCAAGUCAAGGUAUGGUUUCAAAACAGAAGAACAAAAUGGCGGAAAAAGCACGCGGCCGAAAUGGCAACCGCCAAGCGCAAACAAGAAGAGCUUGGCGACGAGUGCGACGACCAGGAGCCCCAGGACAACGACCCCUGCAGCGACGAGGACGACGCCAAGCGGCCGCGGCUCGACUUACACCACCCCAUGCACCACUUGCCUCAUCACCGUCAGUGAUCGCUCCCGACAGGCGUCAAAGACUAUGAACCCAACGCCUGUGAAAAAUCUAGUGCUCCCAGUGACAUUUACAGACCACCCAGUGACGUUGGAUGGUAUUCCUUCCCCGAAGAAGGCCCUUGUGAUCUCUCCAACUGGCAGGUCAAAAUGAACAAGUUCGAACAGAGUAUGGCCGAGAACGAGAGAGAGAUAGCCACCAGCGAGGUGGAUAGUGAACAAGGUGUGAGUGAAACGAACGAUGAUGCUCAGCCCAUCAAUUUUGCGUAUUAUCAUUUUUA